AUGCAAACGUCACUUUCGGUUUCUUCCACAGUGCCUUUAUCUUCAACGGCUUCAAUUCUGCUGGAACUAGGCUCGAGCAUCGAAGGUCCAGUGGGAUCUCAGCCCAUUCCCAAGAAAUCUCAGCAGAUCCGCACAGAUAAACCCAGACCUCACGUUUGCACCGUUUGCACUCGAGCAUUUGCCAGAUUGGAGCAUUUGAAGCGCCAUGAGCGAGCCCACACGAAUGAAAAGCCGUAUCAGUGUGCUGCGUGUGGAAGGUGCUUUGCUAGGAGAGACUUGGUCUUGCGACACCAGCAGAAAUUGCACAGCAGCUUGCCAAAUAUCAUGAGGAGAGGUUCGUCAAAGGAUUUGGACAUAAAUGAGCAUAUAAACGUGUUACAUAACAAUACCGAUGCAAAUGCCCCGUUGCCCGAUGGCUCCUUGCCGGAGUAUGAUCCAGAAACUGGGGAAAGAACUGGUAACGGCGGCCAUGAAGCUCUUAAGCCGACAUUUAAAACUGCUUUGUUUGGUGAAUAUUCAAUCAGCAAUAGCAAUAGCAAUAGCAAUAGCAAUAGCAGCAACGGCAACAGCAACCCCACGAGCAACUCCACGAGCAACCAAACGUCGAGCUCACUGCCACUACCACUGAUAGGUGUAGCAUCUCCAAUAACAAUUAGCAACAACUCACCACGACCAAGUAUCACUUUGCACAGCAGCUCGCACAGAAACAGCGUAUCGUUUCAUCAACCAAAAUCAACCCCCAUGUCGAGGCAUAGCUCGUUGAAGGUGGAAUCUUCGGCAAGGAGACGCUCAUCUUUUGCUAAAAAGGAAUAUCAGCCCGAUGUUUCGGGCUCUCCUCUACGCAAAAAGUCAUUCAAAAGUAACCAAAAUGGAGAAGCAAUAAAAAACAUUCCGUCACAUUUAUCAAACAAUUAUAGACACGCUUCGUAUUCGGCAGCUUCGGGGAUCUCUUACACUUCGAAUCGAGAAGCCAAGACUAUACAAGAGUCUGCAGCCAAUUUCACAGAUGCUGCGCCUACUCAUGUCCAAUUCGGCACGCCUCCGUCGGGCCCACAUAGUGAAGAGUAUCAAAGAAUAUUGGGGAUGACGGAUCUAAUGGACUGGGGUAAUAUGGAUGCGUUGGACUUGAAUGACGAUGAAAAAAAGUUUGCCUUGAGACAAAAGUCGUUGAAGAACUUGCACGAUUUCUUCACCGAUGACUCGAUGAAACUUAAGCCUGUUCAUAUGGAGCGGGCACAAACUAUGCCUCACCCGGACACAAUCUUUGAAAUCAAUGGACAGCUUUUCUUAAGUGAUCCCCAUCAUCAGCAACAACAACAACAACAACAACAACAACAACAACACCAGAACAAUGCGGAAGUUGCAAAUACAGCGCAUCCGAUGCAGGUUUCACCUCAAACAGCAAAUUCUAUAAAAUUGGAUACACCACAGCUGCAGGUGCAGGUGCAACCGCCACCAACCCAGGCACCAACCCAGGCACCAACCCAGGCACCAACCCAUGCACCGACACAGGCGCCAAUUAUCCAAGUUGCUUCCAAACCAGCAGAAGGUCUGCCGCAUUCGCACCAGGGCUCUAUAUCCUCGGUGGGAAGCAUCAACCCUCAACAGUUGAACAGAACUAGUGAGAACUCGAGCGUUUCCAAACGUUCCAGAUCGGUAAUGGAAAAUACAGCCGAGACGUCGAUGCAUAUGCAAAUCAACACGGCAAAUAGCGACACGGAGUGGAUCCAGGACUUGGUGCAUCCGCAAUUUGAAUUCACCGGCAACUUUAGCCUCAAUACAAGCUUUGAUGAUUUAAAAGGAUAUUUCAAUGCUUCCAAACAGAAUCUAGACCCUAAUGCGAGCUUCCCCAAAAAGCAGGCUCAAGAUUUUAUGCAACAACUACUUGCUGGCGCUGGUGCUAAUAUUGCUGGCGCUGGCGCCAGCGGGGGAGUCACUACCGAAACCAUUGACUAUUCCAUCGAGUUUCCAGCCAAUUUCUACUCCCAGGAGUCUAGUUUAAUUACGGAGGAAAUAAGAGAACGAAUGGUUACGUCUGCGGGAAUCAGCAGCCAAGAUUUCCCAUCGUUAGACAAUCUCAAACACUAUGUUCAGCUUUACGAGUACGGAUUCAACAAGUAUUUCGCAUUCAUUCAUUUCCCGACAUUAAAGAAAUCACGCUCCAAUCUUGACAAUAUUCCCUUGAUUCUCGCUAUUGCUGCCAUUGGCUCAUUAUACGCCUACAAUAACCAUGACGCAUUGGUUUUAUUCAAUCUAUCCAAAUACCACAUUCAAAGCUUUUUUGAAAAAGAAUUGAUUGGUGACUUGAUUCAGUUUAAAAAAGUGCCAUUAAUGGCUCAUCAGUGCCUUGUGUUACACAUUAUGAUUUCGCUAUUUUUCAACGAGCCGAAUAUGCUCGACAUCACGUUGCGGCAGGUCAAAUCCAUGAUUGGAUUGAUCAAGUCGACCUCGUUUAACGAACCCUUGGAACAAAUCUUGAUGCCGCCUCAGCCUAUCCUACAGGGCACGGCAGCUGCAGGUGUAGAUGCAAACCAACAAUCAAUCCAGAAUAACUUUGACUAUUUCAUCAUGGCCCAAUCGAGAAUCCGGACUUUGCAGAUUUUCUAUCUUUUGCAAAAUUUCAGAUCUUAUAUGACGGGUGCGCCCAUGCUAUUUAGUUCUUCUUUGUUAAAAAGUGGAUCCUAUUGCACCAAUGUUGCUCUUUGGUGGUCGAAAGAUGCUGCUAGUUGGUACGCCAAUGUUUGCAAGACUUUCCCCAUGGGCUGGUCAAUUGUUGAGGUCAGUAAUGGCAUUAGAGUGGAAAAUUUGAUUCGCUUUAUUCACAAUCCACAUGUUCAAACGCCAGUGAUUUCCUUGGAAGACAUGUUGACCAUGUUAUUCCACCUUCACGAACAACUUGCCGACGAAUUGAACCCGCAGCAGUCCUUUGUCAAGUGGAAUAUUGAGCAAAGAACCAAAUUUGUGCAGUUGGUGAACAAUUGGGAAUAUUUAUUUACUAGAAACUACGGAAGUUUGAACAUUACUAUCCAGAACCGCAACGACUUGAAUUUCAAGCCCGAGGUGAAAUUGAUCAUUCCGAUUUGGUUGUUGUUGAAGCUUAAAAUGACCGUCAAGGUUAGUCCGAUUUUGUUGGCCAUGCUACAAAAGGAUUACAGUUCGAUGAAUAAAGAAUUGGACUUUUUGGAUUACAAGGAGUCCAACUAUGGUGUCUUGAGCAACUCCUUAACUUCAAGUUGCCAAAUUCUUGAUCUUUGGGUGCAUGCAUCUGAAACCAUCAGUUUUGACGUUCGAGAGACCGCGGUGAGGACGCCGGUGCUUCUCAUUUGCUCGAUUUUUGUGAGCAUCAUUGUUAUUGCCACAUUCCUCGACUACCUUGAGCAGCAAUGCAAAACACGAGACUUGUCCAAUCGAGAGCUACUCGGUUGGUUUCAGUGUCAUGAGAUUUUGCUCAGGAUCGGCAAGGUUUUGAGCGUCAGCGUCCAAUCGGUGUAUCUGGAUGUGUUGACCAAAAAUUUUAAGGAGGAUGUUUCGUCAACGGCGCUUUUUAACGAGCAGAACCAAGGUCCUCCGCCUCGCAUUCUUCACCUAAGUCAAGAGCGGAAUCGCUUGGACGAUGACUUGGCUAGGGAGAUUGACGUUGAAGCUAAUAGAAUUCGCGCUCUUCAGUUGGGUGAAGAGAUUAGAGAUCAAGUCAUAAAGAACAAUUUAUCGAGGCGUGCUUUUUAUUUGGGGAUCAGGAUUUUGGCAGAUGCGCCAGUGUGGCCCACGUCGAUGGGAUUUGCAGAAGCGUUGCAGAUUAGAGCCAUGUUUGUUGCCCAGCACAGAUCGCCUCUGCAACUGCCCCAACGUCAACCACAACAACAGCAUCAACAACAACCACAACAACAGCAGCAACCACAACAAGCACAACCACCAGCACCACCACCGCCACCACAACAGCUGCGGUUUCAACCUCAACCACCUUCGCAACCGUUCCCCUCACAGCUGCAACCGCAUUUCCGACAACACGAGUCACUUUUUUAA